UAUAUAUAUAAAAUAUACAAGGUCACUGCGGUGUGGUCAGUGUGGCAAGAAGCAUCGAGUACUACCUUCUCUCUCAUCGCCUUCUUCGAUCAAGCAAAUGCAGCAGGGCGGUGGUUCUGAAACGGAGGUGACAUGGGAGGAUCAGCAGAACAUCAACAAAUUUAGUAGAUUAAACAACCAAUUUCACGAACUCGAAGAUGCCAUCAACACGGCUAAGGAAACAAAUGAAAAUCUUGAAGAUGCAGGCAAUGAGCUAAUUCUCACUGACGAGGAGGUGGUUCGCUUUCAAAUAGGUGAGGUUUUUGCUCAUGUACCUAAGGAAGAAGUUGAGAGCAGGAUUGAGGAGAUGAAAGAAGCAAAUUGUCAGAAGUUGGAGAAACUGAAAGAAGAAAAGGAUUCUGUACUUGCACAGAUGGCCGAGUUAAAGAAGAUUCUGUACGGGAAGUUCAAGGAUUCCAUCAAUCUAGAGGAGGACUAGCAGUGGUAUGCGUUAUUUAGAGUUGGCUGCUUAUUACUUUAAACGACGGGAUUUCCUUGGUUUCCAUGAUAUUACUUGGGAAACAGUAGCUUCAUCUUUUCUAAUUGCUUGCUUGGAUAUCCUCGUCUCCUUCGGUGAGCAUGAACAGUUUAAUUCUUAUGCACUGUUGGGGUCUUCUUUAAAAGUGAAUUCUUGUAUUUCCUUUUUAAAAAUUGUUGUUUCAGUUAUAUUCAAAAUACUUUGGUAGCAUCAAGUUCUUGGAAAUUGAGGUACCCUGAUUCCGUGAA